AUGCAGUUCCCCAUGGGCCCCGCCUGCAUCUUCUUGAGGAAAGGCAUCGCUGAGAAACAGCGGGAGAGACCACUGGGACAGGAUGAGAUCGAAGAGCUCCGGGAAGCAUUUCUUGAGUUUGACAAGGACCGAGACGGGUUCAUCUCUUACAAGGACCUGGGGAAUCUCAUGAGGACAAUGGGUUACAUGCCCACGGAGAUGGAGCUGACGGAGCUGGGGCAGCAGAUCCGCAUGAACUUGGGCGGCCGUGUAGACUUUGAGGACUUCGUGGAGCUGAUGACCCCCAAAUUGCUUGCAGAGACUGCCGGGAUGAUCGGCGUCCAGGAGAUGCGAGACGCCUUCAAGGAGUUCGAUGCCAACGGGGACGGGGAGAUCACGCUGGGGGAGCUGCAGCAGGCCAUGCAGCGGCUGCUGGGCGAGAAGCUCACGCCCCACGAGAUCGCCGAGGUCGUCCGGGAGGCCGACGUGAACGGGGACGGCACCGUGGACUUUGAAGAGUUUGUGAAGAUGAUGUCUCGUUGA